AUGCUUGCUAUGCGCUUAGAUGAGGAGGCUGCGAAUGCCAAUGUCGUUAACCCAGCAGAGGAGGAGGAGGAUGUAGUCCGUGUAGAAGACAAUGACGACUCACCAUCACCGUCACCAUGGGCAUGUCGAUAUCAGAGUUCCCUUAGCGCGUGCCUCGCGGAAGGCGGCGCAUCCCUCAUCAACUCCUCCAUAGAUCUCCUUUCAGAGGCCAAUCGACUCGCUCCCUGCAUGCUCGGUAUCGACGAGGCGGGGAGAGGUCCCGUGCUCGGUCCGAUGCUCUAUGCAUGCGCCGUGGCGCCGUUAGGCAAAAAUCCCGCCUUGAAGGAAAUGGGUCUAGCAGUUGGGUCAGAUUCUAAGCAGUUGACUGAAGGGAAACGCGAGGAGUUGUUAAAACAAAUGCUCAAUGAAGGUGACUGGAUUGCUUACACCAUCCACGCUAUUUCCCCUAUGGAGAUCACGGAGAAGAUGCUUAGCAGCCAGAAGAUCAGUCUCAAUGUCAUCUCACAGAAUGCGGCAAUUGGUCUCAUUCGGUCAGCAAUUAACCAAGGUGUGAACCUAAAGGAGGUCUAUGUGGACACGGUUGGAAAGGCUGGGGUUUACCAGGCCUACCUUAGUUCCAUCUUCCCUGAGCUGAAGAUUGUGGUGGAGAGCAAGGCUGAUGCCACCUACCCCAUUGUCAGCGCUGCCAGCAUAUAUGCCAAGGCACAGGCGGGUUCAAAUGGUCUCCACCAGAUUCAGUCGCCAUAUGAGACUUCCUCACGAACUCCAUCGGAAGCCGUGCAAGUUCCUUUAAUAACUUGCGAGGAUCCAGUUUGGUUUUCUGGGUAUGUUCAAUAUCGUGGCUAUUCUGGAGCAUUUUUACGCGUUGCUGAUCGCACUUACUGCAUCUACACUCCAGGAACUCGCAUAUGGUUCAUGGCUAUUGUUGCUUUGGUUGUUAAUCACAUUCUCGUAGAACAGGGAAUUGGGGUGACACGUGACCGCCUUUUGUCUCGAUGGCCCAAGGAGGGGCGUGGACCCGUAUCCCCAGGCACCCCCAUCGGAUCAGGCUAUCCUGGAGGUGAGAUGGAAGUACUCCACACAGCCUCUAAAAUGGCUUCAAAUCUGCCUUUGCACCUGGAUUCAGCCGUCUUUAGACGCAUAACCAAUGAUCCGGCAACCAAACAGUACCUGCAGAUCUGCAUGGAUCCGAUUUUGGGCUUCCCGCCGCUGGUUCGUUCCUCCUGGGCCACUGCCCAGACCUUACUGGGGGAGAGAGGAGUCAGGGUCGUGUGGCUCGAUGAGGCUGGUUGGUCGUCGACGCACACAGCACCAAAGGACAUGCUGUUUCACUGCCGAAAACUGCCCGUAUUCGUGCUUUUUCCCUCACUCAUCAUGAGAGAACCGACUAUCCGAAUGGUUCGAGUCGUCGAGGUCGUCAACAUGACUCCGCAUUGUUUGGCCUUCCUGCCAAUCUACUGCUAUGAGAGGGAAGAUGAAAUGGAAGCUAAAGAGGAGGCGACAAAAUGUCGUGGUCGGAAGCGCCAGUCCGAUGGAUCGGCUAAGAUUUCCCACUCCUUCAAGGCCACCGUCUCUCCCUUCCAUACCGUUCACCACCGACAGCCCUUCUUUGUUGCCGCUGGUCUCUCCCCUGUGGAGAGACUCUAA